AUGUCGCUCGACUUGCAAGAGUCCGUGUCUCAGCUCCAGAAGCUGUUUGACGCCGGCAACAAGGACGAGGUUGCAAAGCUCGCCACGCAGCUCAAGAUCAAGCUCGCGCAGUCUGGCCUCUACUUUGCCCCACCAAACGCCAACGUCCAGGAUCUGCUCGCAGCCCGCUCCAUCCUCGAGAUCGCGGCGUUCAACGCGCUGCGGCGCGGCAACCUGGCUGGAUAUGCUCAGUACAACGCGGCCCUGCAGCCCUUCUACGUCAACCUUGCCAACACGCUCACCCCUUCCCCCAACCGGCCUAUAAUCAUCGGCCUCGAGCUCCUCGCCAUGCUCAGCGAGGGCAAGUACUCGCAGUUCCAUAUGACUCUCGAGGCACUCGACAUUGCAGACCUGGGCGACGUGUUUGUGCGCUGGCCUGUCGACCUCGAGCGCUGGAUGAUGGAGGGAGCGUACAACAAGAUCUACCGUGCCCGCGAGCGCGUACCCCGCGAGGAGUACGCCGUACUGUUAGACCGCCUGAUGGGCACCAUCCGCGAGCAGAUCGCCCUCACAAUCGAGACAUCGUACCCGUCCCUGCCGCUCGCCAACGCGGCGCAGCUCCUCUUCUUCAAGGACGGCGAGACGUCGUUGCUUGUGCAGUUCACAGUUGAGCGCGGAUGGAGCCUCGAGCCAUCCACCCAGACGUUCACUUUCCCCAAGUCGCCGAUCCCCGACAUUGCGCUUGCAGCAGUUGCGGCACACGGCUCGUCGCGCAUCGCGUUAGACAUUGCGGGCGGGAAGGGCAUCAAGCGUGGGGCGCCGAUGCAGAGCAUGAUCCGGCCCGCGCUCGAGCUGACUCACGAGCUCGAGUCGAUUGUGUAG